GGCCGGAGUUGGAGUUGUAUCGUGCUUCGGUGAUUUUGAGCUAAUUUGUUUUCCGUAAAAAAUAGCUCAAAAUAACUUUAUCAACUAAGAAAUAAGCGAUAAGUCAAUUCAGGCAGAAGGGGUGUCUUUUGGACCCGUUUAUUGUCGGUAUUGUUGAAUAUUUAUGUAAACUUCCGGACAGCUAGCUUAGAUUGUCAAUUCAAAACGCAAAAUGGCUUCAGGAAAGAUGUGCACCAGAAAGAGCAAGGGAUCCGUCGAGGUUUGACCACUCUACCUAAAAGAUAACAUUAAGAUUUUAUUGAAUGUAUGAUUUAAUUGAUUCAGAUUGUGUGUUUGGUGAAGUCAAGGAUUGAUUUAGUGUUUAAAUAUCCGCUGACAGACACGGAGGAGUUGGCGCCAUCAUGUGGCUUUAAUGUCACAACAAGUCUCGUUUAACUGAACUGGUUUCUUCUUUUCUGUGAGGUUUUUGAUAAUCUGUUUUUAAGUGGGCAGGAUUGUUUCUGAGUGAUUUGAAGACCGAGCAAGAGUCCCUCGUGUUCGUCAAGAGGCUGAUGGCUGUGGCCGUGUCUUCCAUCACCUACCUCAGAGGGAUUUUUCCAGAAGAUGCCUACAGAUCCAGAUACCUGGAAGGUGAACACAGAUACAGACCAGGACCUGAUGAAAGUCAAGGACAUGAAUUCACGGAGCCAGCCUCACCCUGUAUCACACAACAAAAUACCGCUGUUUGUAAUAGAUCAUUAAAAUAAACUAUAAAUGUGGUACUUAUUCAUAAAACUUUAAAGGAACCAGGGUAAUUUACUCACAUUUCUGUAAUAGAGGAGAUUUUUGGGGGGAUUUGUACUUUUUGAGUAGUUCUAAAAAUCAUUAGGUAACUUUCACUUGAGUGUUUUCUGUGGAAAGUACUUUUUCCCUUUUAAAUUUUAUAUAGCACCAGUUACUGAGAAAAACAAAACAUGAAGCUUUCCACUCAGCUUUUGGAUAAUAUCUACUCUAAAAACUUACAUUUUACAAAGUGAACUGGUCUCAUUUCUUGUCAAAAUACAUAAUCAAUCUUAACUUAAGCAGCAGUGACUUGAAACAUCCAAACAUAAAUCUUCUUUCGAGAUAUUUCAAGCAAUAAUUUCUUGAUAAGUUCAUCAACAGAAGAAUUGCGUCUUGAUGCAAGAAAUUUAUCCAGAAAAUUUAACUUGCUGCACUGGCAACCAUUUAUUACAAUCAAAUCUUUAUUUUUUGGCUUGUAAUGUGAGCCUUUCAGCACAACCAGCCAUGACUGAUGUGUACUGACACCAUUUACAUUGUUCAACACUAACUAAAAAUGGUGCAGAAAUAUUCAAUAAUAUCAGUCUGGAUAUGUGCAAAGUUAAACUCAUUUUACACAUUAAUGAAGAUCUUUUUUAAACUAUUAAAUAAAUAUGCUUUUACAUAAUUUAAGGCUGCGUAUCUUACUCCCACCAUGCUCACUACCAGAGAUAGACUGACAGUGUUACCUCUACCUCAGUGAAAUGUAAUUAAAGUAACUUCUUUCAAUUAAGUAUUAUAUUUUAGUACCCCUUCCACCACUGACAGGUGCAUGAUAUUCUCCAUCGUGCCUACCAGGAUAAUGAUGCACUUGUUUCAUUAUAUUUUCAUUUCAAUUUCACCAGACUUGUGCGUUAAAGUUCUGCGUGAAGACCUCACCACACCUGGAGCCAGCAAAGUGGUGAAAUGGUAAUUAUUAUAUUCCUUUCUUUGAUGUUUUCACUGUGUUUUUUUUUUUUUUUUUAAUAUCUGCUUUCUUUUCCAGGAUAAUGGGCAGCUUUGAUGCACUGGAAAAGCAGUAUGUAAGUAUGCACUCAUGAACACAUGGAACAUUUGUUUUGCCUGGUUUGCCCUUCACAAAUAACAAGCCAUGACUAUUCCUUGCUGUUGUUUUAACAGCUCCAGAUCGUGUUCAUUGGGGUAAGUUAGGUCAGAUCAAAGGUGCAACAUCUAUAAUUAUGCUUAUUACAUGAAGUAGAAAAAGGUGAAACCUAACUGAACUAACUGUGUGCAACAUAUUCUCUAGGUAUACACCAAUCCAGAUGAACCUAAUGUGAGUUUUCUUCUUAUAAUGCUCCACAUUAAGGUGUCAAAAUAAUUGCAAAAUAAAUGAUAAAUUUCAACAUCGGUAUGCAUUACAAUAGAUUAUGAUCCUAUUUUUUUUUUACAGUGCAUUGUUGAGUCAUACCAGUUCAAAUUCAGAUACACCAAAAAGGGGCCAGAGAUGGACAUACUCAGGUUUGGAUCUAUAUAUUAAUAGUCUGGACACGGCCUUUCCAUGUGAUUUAAUUGAUAGAUACGAAUCCUCCAUUUAACUGCAGGAACAAUGACGUGGGAAUGAAAGUGACUCUGGAGGACACCAAGAGAGCCUCGGUGCUGCUCAUCAGGAAGCUUUUCCUGCUUAUGCAGAACCUGGACGCCCUCCCAAACAACGUCUAUCUCACCAUGAAGCUCUACUACUAUGAUGAUGGUAAGAAAGUAAAUCAAUCAAGAGAGUAAGGUCUUAUUUUGAUUGCAUGGUGAAAACAUUUUCCUUUCCUCCUCUAAUAGUCACCCCAGCAGACUACCAGCCGCCUGGCUUUAAGGAGGGCGAGUGUGACAGCCUCUGGUUUGAGGGCGUAGCCAUGCACUUCAAGGUGGGUGAGGUACAGACGUCCUACCACACCUUGAGAGUGCGAGUCUCAGCGGAACAAGGCAGACUGGAGAAACUCCAAGAAGGGAACCAUCUGAGGGAGAUCAAGCAGGCUCCCCCACAAAAUCCUCUGGAGAAGGAAACGAUCGAGGUGCGUGAGGAGAGGAUUAUUCAAGUGCAGGUUUUAGUUUUCGAGUAUUAGCUCAAGUUAACUAAGAGUUUAUUUUAACUGUCUGUGAACACACCGUUUCAGGAUCCUCACAAGAAAAAAUACCAAGAAGAGGAUCUACCCUCUGAGGAUGGUACGUUUAUAAACUGCUUCUGGUAAAAGCUGUAAAAUCAAAUGCUUAAUACUGUUGGCUUUCUUUUAAACAGAGUCUGCACAGUUCAAAAAACCUGUAAGACCUCCGGCAAAGGUACAGUAGUGCUCAGUUAUUAUUUAAAGCCUCCAGGUUUAAGAAAAAUAUCACAACUUAAAAGGUUAUAGUGAAAGUGAUUUUCUUGUUUGUGUAUUGCAGAGAAACAGAGCAGCAAAAACUCUGUCCAGGAGGAAAAGAAGAAUCUAGACGCAUGGAUAUAAAAAAAACAGGAGCUCAAUGACAGACGCUGAUAAUCAGCUGAUAAGCUACUGUCUUUAGUUUAUAAUUGUUAUAAAAUGUUUAAGGUUAUGUUAGAACUAAUUUAACAAGACAAUGUGUUCUUUGCACAGAUACAGUUUUACUGUUAAAAUUCUUAUGUAGACAAAACACUGCAAAGGAGAGAACAUGCUGUGACUAAUCUGAGGUACAAAAUCCCUUUAAUAUUCAAAGUGCUUCGUUUUUCAUUGUUGUGUGUAUAAAACUAUGUUGGUGUUUUUUGUCAGAAAAUAAAGCUUCAUUUGUAAACAUUUGAACAAUAUUAUUAAAAAUAUUAUUCUAUACAUGAAUGACAUGUUUA